UAAGAGGGCUUCACGUUUCCGUUACUUCUCAAACGGAGCACAUCCGUUCCAGCCGAGCGACCUCCAAACUUGGAAUUCAGAAGUCCCGUCCACAGGGGUCUCUCUCGCAGCUUUCCUCGCCGCCCUGUAAAGGGUUAAUCUGGAGAGGGGCUUCAGCAGACACAUGAGCGACAUCUCCUCCCGUUAAUGUGCUCUGCCUGGAGCACUCGGCUCGCCAGUCCUCCCGUCUAAGGAUCCGAGCGGCGCUUCAGAUAAAUGCGAGCCCACGUCACCUUCAGGGGCUCCGCUCUCCCGCCGACCACGGAGGCGCCCUGACGAGCGAUGGAAGCAGCGGCCACCGGGAGGCAGCUGUUUGCCAUGAGGAGGACGGCGGCGAGGUGAUCGCAGACAGAUUCACGUCCUUACCGGUGGAGACCAGGACUGCCUUCGGGGGAAGCGCACCUCGACGGCGGCUGGAGGAAGUCCCACCUACCGCCCCCUUCUGGUAUUUCGGCCGAUCGAGGAGCUGCCUGCUGGACAAGCCCUGACAACCUCCAAGAAACGCAGGAGAUGAACGAUUACAGAGGCUACUCCAUGGGACAAGACGUGGAAAAUCGCGAUGGCAAGUUGCCAAAACAACGCUGGGAUGCCCCCAAACAGAAGGUGCCCACUGACCGCACUCUGGUGGUCGCCAGCGAGCCCAGCAAGAAGAGGCGCCAACGCUACGUGGAGAAGGACGGCAAGUGCAACGUUCACCACGGCAACGUGCGCGAGACCUACCGCUACCUGAGCGACAUCUUCACCACGCUGGUGGACCUCAAGUGGCGCUUCAACCUGCUGGUCUUCACCAUGGUCUACACCACCACCUGGAUCUUCUUCGGCUUCAUCUGGUGGCUCAUCGCCUACAUCCGGGGGGACCUGGAGCACGCCGAAGACCGCAGCUGGACCCCCUGCGUCAACAACCUCAACGGCUUUGUGUCGGCCUUCCUCUUCUCCAUCGAGACGGAGACCACCAUCGGCUACGGCUACCGGGUCAUCACGGACAAGUGCCCCGAGGGCAUCAUCCUGCUGCUGGUGCAGGCCAUCCUGGGCUCCAUCGUCAACGCCUUCAUGGUGGGCUGCAUGUUCGUCAAGAUCUCCCAGCCAAAGAAGAGGGCCGAGACCCUCAUGUUCUCCAACAAGGCUGUCAUCUCCCUGAGGGACGGCAAGCUGUGCCUGAUGUUCCGGGUGGGUGACCUCCGCAACUCCCACAUCGUGGAGGCGUCCAUCCGUGCCAAGCUGAUCAAGUCCAAGCAGACCAAGGAAGGCGAGUUCAUCCCCCUCAACCAGACAGACAUCAACGUGGGCUUCGACACGGGCGACGACCGCCUCUUCCUCGUGUCGCCCCUCAUCAUCUCCCACGAGGUCAACGAGCACAGCCCCUUCUGGGAGAUCUCCAGGGCCCAGCUGGAGAAGGAGGAGUUUGAGAUUGUGGUCAUCCUGGAGGGGAUGGUGGAAGCCACAGGGAUGACGUGCCAGGCCCGCAGCUCGUACCUGGACUCGGAGGUGAUGUGGGGCCAGCGCUUCAUGCCGGUGCUGACGCUCGAGGAGGGCUUCUACGAGGUGGACUACGACACCUUCCACAACACGUACGAGACGCCGACGCCCACCUGCUCGGCCAAGGAGCUCGCCGAACUGGCCAACAAGGGGGAGGCCAUCCCCCUGGCGCCCCCCGCCGGCCACCCGCAGAGGCUGACGCCGGGCACGGAGAGCGAGCCGGGCGCCCAGUCGGAGCAUCAGCAGGCCCGGGGAGCCGACGAACGUGACCCGGAGGAGCAAACCAUCAGCAACGGGGACCUGAGCCGGGGAGACGCCGAGUGACCACGACGGGGACAGCCGGGCCAGAGAUGGAGUAGAAAAGCAAACCGCCGACGACAAAGAUCUGAGCUCCGUUUGGGCCACACGUGGGGACUCGAAGGACAGACGCAUCUUAUGGGGUUUGUGGGGGGGACAUCGAGCGAGCGCCAUGGACACCCCGGAGGUGACCCGCCAGGUGACACGUACGGGAAAGGCGCUAAAUGAAGGAACGAUGUGAAAACAAACCCCAAACUGAACAAUCAUCAAUUAUUGUAAUGGGAAUUGACUUUAGAUGAUGGUGGGGGGCAGAGG